GCUGGUGGCAGCACUGCUGCCUUUCCGUGCCCGGGGAGAGAGCUUCGGCCGCCGCUGCCCUCCGCAUUCCCGGCGCCAUGGAGAGGCUCGGGACGGCAGGGGCGGCGGGCGGCGAUGUCUGCAUGUGCCAGACCAUCUUCCCGGCCCAUGCCAACCACCGCGGCGAGCUGAGCGCCGGGCAGCUCCUCAAAUGGAUGGAUGCGACUGCCUGCCUCGCAGCUGAGAAACAUGCUGGUGUGUCUUGUGUGACAGCGUCUAUGGAUGACAUACAGUUUGAAGAGGCUGCCAGAGUUGGGCAAAUUAUUACCAUCAAAGCAAAGGUGAACAGAGCAUUCAAAACCAGCAUGGAGGUUGGCAUCAAGGUUACAGUACAGGAUGUUUUGACUAACACUGAAAAAAUAGUGAGCGUGGCAUAUGCAACAUAUGUAGCCAAACCAGUUGGUGAUGGAAAGAUUGAAUUAGAACCUGUAAAGCUUGUAUCUACAGAAGACCACCUGGAGCACACCCUGGCUAUAGAGAGAAGAAAAAUCCGACUGGGCUACGAGCAAGUCUUUCAAAACCUCAUGCAGGAGAGUAACAAGGAAGAUGCUUUUGAAGAGGAAGAUGGAAUUUCUACUGACCUUACUCAUGUGCAGAGUAUUGAGCUUGUCCAGCCUCCUCAUGCAAACCAUCAUGGGAACACAUUUGGUGGUCAGAUCAUGGCUUGGAUGGAGACAGUGGCAAGUAUUUCAGCAAGCCGUCUGUGUUGUUCGUAUCCUGUCCUGAAAUCAGUCAAUAUGUUUAAAUUCUGGGGACCAUCUGUCGUGGGUGACCGCCUUGUCUUCAAUGCAAUUGUGAACAAUACAUUUCAGAACAGUGUGGAGGUUGGUGUCCGUGUUGAGGCUUAUAACUGUGAAAACUGGAUCAAGGACCAAGCCCGGCACAUUAACAGUGCAUUCCUCAUUUUUAUCACUGUAAAUGACAAAGGAGAGCAGCUCACCUUCCCCAGAAUCAAACCUACUACAAAGGAUGGUGUGAGGCGAUACCAUGGAGCUAUCGCCCGGCAAAGAAUUCGACUGGCCAGAAAAUGCAUGAUGUCUGUGAAAGAAGUCAGACCUUCUGAUCCUUGGGAGAGAAGCAACCAGGCCUAUGUGAGUUAUAGCAAUAUAGCUGCACUGACACACCUAGCAGCAAAACCAGGAUGGGACGUAACCAGCAUGCUGGAUGAUAUAAAAAUAUGGACUCAUGAGGAGGGUGAUGUGCUGUCACUCAAAAUUGAAAUGCAAGUGAAAGUGCCAUCACAGCGAGCUUUCUUGCUUUUGUCUGACUUCACACUCCGCCAACAAUGGGACAAACAUUUCUUAACUUGCAAGGUCCUGCAGGCUGUGACUGAAGAUGAGAAAAUAUAUUAUGUAACAUCUCCACCCAUAACUGGCCACAAACCCAAGGACUUUGUGAUUCUUGUCUCUCAAAGGCAACCCUCUAAGCCAAGUGAACCCUACACCAUAGCUGUAAAGUCAGUUACUCUCACGUCUAUGCCACCUUCUUCAGAAUACUGCAGAAGUGAAAUCCUUUGUGCUGGAUUCCAGAUCUACAGUGACAGCAACAGCUCCUGUACAGGAAUUAUGCACUCUGAAUCCCUUCUCUGGACCAGUGCUUCAAUGGCUGGGAUUCUCUCCUCAGGCAACAGCUUUGUUCACGAAGCAUGCUGUACUUCACAAGUUACACGUGUUUCUUUCUGCACCCCUGUGUACAUUUACCUGCACCUGGCAGUAGUGAGGAUGCUGAGAUCACCAACGUACUGUAAACAGGUGUGUUACUUCAAUCAAGUGACAUCGGGUGUUAUGCCUUACUUAGCUGCAAAUCUUACUGGCUCAUCACAUUCCAUUGAAGACACUGCUUUGGAAUGUAUAAAGUUCUUGGAGCUGAAAGGCAGUGAGUACUGAAGUUAAAGGCAGAUAUCUGAAGAGACCUCUAAAGAUUAUUCAGGAGUACUGGUUUAAAUUCCUGCCCGUGUCUUGAUGGUUUCUCUACAGAUUAGUUACUUUGGAUCAUAUAGCAAAUAUUGUGCUUGAGUCUGAGAAUAUCUAGUACAAGCAUUUUCUAUCAAAUUAAAACUGGGCCCUAGGGUCUAAAUUCAGCUUUUAAUUUGAAAAAAGAUUCAAGUACAGAUUCUGCUCUUGAUUACAUUAAUGAAUUUUAUAUAAACGGAGGCAGAACUUGAUCUAGGAGAACUGCAGGUCAUGAGACUAUUUCACUGUUUUAGUGGCAUCCAGACCCCUUAAAUCAGUGAGUACAAUCUGCAGAGAAGCAGUGCUACCAAGUAGCUUAUCCAGUGCUCUGACUAGGUUCUUGCACACUCCUUGUGUACGAAUUGAUUACAUAUUGUAUAAAUUAGAGUUUGUUACUAUUUUUUAAUACUUGUAGUUUAUUGGUUUCUUUCAAUAAAUUACUGUUUCUGAGGUUACAAA